UUUCACACACCAAAAAAGUUUGAGGACCGUAGGUAGUAAAAUAGAUUUUCCAAAACAAUGAGCAUAUCGUGCAAUUGUCCGGUUACACAGCCGGGCCCAACUUUAGCCUCAACAUGCGGUGGUGCACCAUUUAUGUUAUUUAUGGGUCUACUGGAAGUAUUUUUGCGAUCUCAAUGUGAUUUGGAGGAUCCAUGUAAUCGUCCUAAAACACGUAAAGAUCCAUUACAACAGUAUGAUUUUAUUGUAGUUGGAGGCGGUUCUGCUGGUUCUGUGGUAGCAAGUCGUUUGUCAGAAGUUAAAGAAUGGAAUGUACUUUUAAUCGAAGCAGGGGAGGAUGAGCCGACGGGAACGCAGGUACCGUCUAUGUUUUUAAAUUUCCUGGGAUCGAGUAUUGAUUGGGGAUAUAGUACAGAGCCAGAAGAAGUAGCAUGUCUAAAUGAAAAUGAACGACGUUGUUACUGGCCGAGAGGUAAAGUCUUAGGUGGUACAUCCGUCCUGAAUGGUAUGAUGUACAUGCGUGGAUCAAGACGUGAUUAUGACCAAUGGGCAGCAUUAGGAAAUGAAGGUUGGAGCUAUUCUGAUGUCUUACCAUACUUUUUGAAGAGUGAAGACAAUAAGCAAUUGGAUAAAGUAGACAGUAAAUAUCAUGGAGUCGGUGGACCAUUGACAGUUUCCCAGUUUCCAUACCAUCCUCCGCUAAGUUCGGCACUACUACGGGCUGGAGAAGAAAUAGGAUACAAAACACGUGAUUUGAAUGGUGAACGGCAUACUGGUUUUGCGAUUGCUCAAACCACAAAUCGUAAUGGUUCACGGUUAAGCACAGCACGUGCAUAUUUACGACCAGUUAAAAAUCGGCCAAAUUUACAUAUUAUGUUAAAUACAACUGUCACAAAAAUCUUAUUAAAUUCAACUUCAAAGCAAGCGUAUGGUGUUGAAGUACUCAAUAAUGAUGUAUCAAAACAAAUUUUUGCCAAAAAUGAAGUAAUUGUCUCCGGUGGUGCUGUUAAUUCUCCACAAAUUUUAUUAUUAUCCGGUAUUGGUCCAAAAGAUGAACUCCGUGCUGCACGUGUUCCAGCUAUUCAUGAUUUGCCUGGAGUUGGGCGUAAUUUACAUAAUCAUGUUGCAUUUUUCAUGAACUUUAAAAUAAAUGACACAAACAGUGCACCUUUAAAUUGGGCUACAGCUAUGGAAUAUUUAUUAUUCCGAGAUGGUUUGAUGAGUGGAACAGGCGUUUCUGAGGUAACUGCCUUCGUUAAUUCACGGUAUGCCAAUCCAAACGAAGAUCAUCCAGAUUUACAAUUUUUCUUCGGAGGUUUCCUUGCAGAUUGUGCUCGUACUGGACAAGUUGGGGAACGUUUGGAUAAUGGAACACGCUCCGUGCAAAUUAUUCCAACACUAAUUCAUCCAAAAAGUCGUGGUUUCUUGAAACUUAAAGACAAUAACCCAUUAUCUCAUCCGUUGAUAUAUGCCAGAUAUUUAACACAUCCCGAUGAUGUUAAAAUUCUUGUCGAUGGAAUAAAAUUAGCACUUCGAUUAGCAGAAACAAAAGCGUUAAAAGCGUAUGGAUUCCAAUUUGAUCAAACACCAGUAAAUGGUUGUACUCAUUUGAAAUUUGGCUGUGAUGAAUAUUGGGAAUGUGCAGUACGAAGACAAACUGGUCCAGAAAAUCAUCAAGCUGGUAGUUGUAAAAUGGGCCCUAAAACUGAUCCAACUGCUGUUGUUAAUAAUUUGUUACAAGUGCAUGGAAUUGAUCGUUUACGUGUCAUGGAUACAAGUAUUAUGCCAAUUGUAACAUCAGGCAAUACAAAUGCACCAGCUGUAAUGAUUGCAGAAAAAGGUUCUGAUUUAAUAAAAGCACGUUGGUUAAACGGUCACAUACAAGAUCAAAAUGGUUUAUUUAGAGAUACACGAUCAUCGGAUGGUAUUAAACGAUGGCAACAACAACAUAAUGGGGCACGAUUCUCUAAGUGGUACAUUCCAUGGUGACUAGAAAAUGGAAUUAAUUACAUGAAACAAUUAAUUAGUGAAGAAAAUUAUUUAAAAUAUGCAACAGCCACCAUAUGAGAAAUGUAGUACUUACUGAAUGUUGUAUUUUUAUUGUAAAUA